AUGUGCAUGUUCUGUGGUCUAUACUCGUGGAGUCUCACCCACACACUUAGCAACCCAAACAAUAAAAACUCCAUUCAUUAUUGAUGCGUACUUUCGUUUUGGUUCAGCGAGUUUAUAUAUGGAAUGUUCAUGCUCAAGGACGAAACAAAUGAGAAACUUGUUAGCGACAUGAUUCAUAUAUAUGUUUUCUCUCACUUGUACAUAAUAAUAUAAAUACACAGAGAUUCUCUUUCCCAUAA